AUGGGCUCAACUAAUUUCGUGAAUAAGAAUAAAUUGAACGGGUUUCGCGCGAAAACUUCGAGUUUCGGCUCCGACAAGGAUAUGAACGGGAAAUUGAAGAAAAGCAAAAUAAGGCGGCCGGUUAGAAUGAAUGAUUAUGGCCUGAAGAGGAUUCCGGAUUACACUGAGUUAGCUUACAAAGAGGCUGUAUCGAAGUUGAAGUAUUUUCUCGGUGGAAACAACGCGCCAAGCCUUCGUAGUUACACCGGCUCCUCUCUCAAGAACGAUGACAUCGAAGGAGAUUUGGACAAAAAGUAUCCCUUCAAUGCCAUCACAGAGUACAAACCACGACCACGUCUUACGGCAAAAUACACCACUCUGUACGCUGAUAGCUUGAAUAAUUAUACGCCUCCACAGAUAAAUACUUAUACACCUCAGCAGACUAAUAAUGUUCCGACCCCAACAAAUGACUUGUCAGGUGGAACAAAUCCAGAUGUAGUCAACUUCAUCCAGAAGCAAGAAGAGUACAUUGAACAACUUGAACGAGAGAGUCAGUACUGUAGAGAUGAGCUAAACAACCUCCUAGGUAAAGUGAAGGAGGUGAUAUCCGAGAAUGAGCACCUUCACGAGGCUCAAAAGAAUAAGUUGAUAACUCGCAUGUUCAACACCUACGCUGGCUCAGAAACCGAUGAUCUUGACGAUGUUGGUGAUAGCACUGGUCUGGACAGUGAUAAUAAGUGCACACCAUCAAAAGCAAGAAAGCCAAAAUCUCGCUCAACAAAACUGGAGGGUCCCAACAUUGUGUUUGAAUCUCGCAUCGCCGAACUCGAAGCACACCUGACUCAGGCCAAGAUCGACCUUAAGAAAGUUCAGGAAGAAAACAAUGAAAAUAAGCGAAAGCUUGCAUCCGGGCUAGUCGACUCCACUUGCUUGGAUGGCUUCAAACGACAAAUUGAUAAUUUGCAAAGGGACAAAUCAUCGUUGGAAUCCCAAAUUUCAAAACUGAAACUUAACUUGGAGCAGCGCGACGAUGGUGACGAUCGAUACAAACGUGGAGACGCGAUUGAAAACCAGUUAAGAGAGGAAAGGAAUAAUUUGGAAUCUGAAAUACGACGACUUAAAGACGACCUAUCAAAAGAGCGUAACAAAGUUCGCGAAUUAGCGGGCGAAACUGCCCGUCGGGCAAUACACGAGCGUAGCGCAGCGGAACAACGAUACAAUCAGCAUUUUGACGAAUUGCAACACGAUCUCGCUGCUCAGUACGAUAAUGCUGCUAAAUUGCAGUUGGACUUGGAACGCCAGCGCCGUGAAGAAAGCGAGCUCAAACGCGAAUUGUCAAUGAAGAACGCUGCUUUGGAAGAAUUAAAAAUGGAACUAAAAAAUAAGACAGCGUCCCUUCAAGCGGACUUAACUCAGGCGCAUGCUGAAAAGGCGUCUUUAGAAGAAGAGUUGGCGAACGCUCGCCUCGCUAUUGAGCGGAACCAGAGGCAAGCUAAACACGAAGCCAAUCGACUUAAUUCUGAGAUACAAUCUCUUCGUCAUCGGCUAGACCGUUCUGAUGCUGAUCUGGUUCAUUCACGCCGAGAAAACCUUCGGCUCUCAGAACAAAUUUCAACAUUGGAAAAAGAGAUAAACAUGAAAUCUCUAACCCCAAUGACACCAGAAAAGAAGAAGAAAGAAAGGGAGUUGUCAACAGCGCUUGAAUCGAUGGAAAAUAAACACGCUAAAACGGUGGCUGAGUUGGAGUCCAUGAUACAAUCACAAAACAGUCUGAUGGAGAAACUCACCAGCGAAUGUCGUUUGCUUACCGACAAGCUUGACGACGCAAACCGUAGACAUAAAGUCGAAAAGACACAGUUGCUUUUCAGGAACACUGAACUUAUGAGAAAACUUAGACACUUGUGGUCUUCUCAUAAGAAAUAUUGCACUACGAUAGCACCAUUCAGAAGCUACACUCCACUAAGUGGUUACCCCGCUAGCUCAGACUUAGACCGCACUUAUUUGACAUCUACUCCCUUCACAAAUAGAUAUAGAUUCAGAAGAAUCGAGGGGUCUAACUAUUCUGGUAGUGCUAAAGAUUUUGAUGAAUUAAGCAAAAAUCUAAGCGACAUUUCACUAGAUAGAUUCGAUUCUGAUGAAGACCCUGAUAAGGAUACUUGUGAAUAUUUUAUGUGCACGUGUGUGUGUUGUGUGUUAUCACAUUUGUUUAUAUCUAGGCAAGAGCUGGGCACUUUGCAGCGUCAAGUAGAGAAGCUGGGUCGCUCCAUGCAAACGACGUACGCGCACCAUCCUAGCACACAAGCACCUUCCUCGCACACUACCACACCCGACAGAAUACCAAACCCUACGACCCCAACCAGAUCAAACGAUACCAGAGCUGAGCCCGCCAGAGAGUCCCCACUCCGAGAAGAUCCUACACCCAGCCUCGGAUAUGAACCAGAAUCUGUAAUUCAACAAAAAUUAGAACUAACAAAACCUACUGAAAAUACAGAAAUAGAACCAAAGCGAAUAUUAAGCAAACAAAGUUCGCACGAAUCGAAUAAUGGAAAGUCAUUACAUUCGUCAAACGAUUCAAUACCGCCUGAACCUGAACACCCUUUAAAUACACAAGUAACAGAAGUAGAUCCUAAAACAGAGUAUAACUCUAAUGUUGUUGAAGAAGCAAGAUUAAAUUACCCAGAAGAAAAUCUGAGCGCAAAUAUUGUCGAAGAAACAAAUUAUGAUCAAUUAGAACACAGUGCAAAUGUUGAAGAAACAAAUAACGAUCAACCACAAGAAACAGAAGAGAAAGAUGAAAACUCAGCACAAAAUUACGAGCAAGGUUAUCAAAACUAUGAACAAAAUUAUCAAAACCAACCAGGUACAGAAUAUCAAGGAUAUGACCAACAGUAUUCAGAACAACAAUAUGAAAAUUACGAACAAUACCCACAACAAUAUAACGAUCCCAAUGCACAAUACGACAAUCAAUUUGAUUAUGGUAGUGAAACUAAUUACCAACAGAAUUAUGAUCAGCAAUAUAACCAAGAAUAUAACCCACAGUAUGAACAAAAUGUAGUUCAAGAAAAUGUUGAAACGACUCCACAGUCAAACGGAAAUGAUGGCCAAAGUGCACAAAGCUAG